UUGUCAGUGAGUCAGAAAGACACAUGGAUCACAAUUCAGAACUGAAGGCAAGUAGGGGGAAAGUAGUACCUACUACCGAACCCAUUAGCAGAACUGGAGUUUUCCAAUUAUAAAAGAGUGCAUACACGGCAAAGUUACGUUCAAUUUCAAUUCAACUCCCAGCCCCAAGGUGUGUUUGUUUUGCAGAUCCAACACGCCUCAACCACACUCUCUCUAUUUAUAUCCAACUGUCCCAUCCUCACUCGCAACCCUUUUCCCCUUUUAUCAAUUCAAACCACGCCUUCCCCUGUUCACAACCUAGCUUGCCCACACCACCAUCACAACACAAACCAUUCCUCUCUUGCAUUUAAACAAAAAUAAAUAUAGAUUCUGGGGGCAUUUCUUGGAUUCUGGUUCUCGUUGGUCACAUCCAUCAAACACCCCUUUGAUUCUUUCUUGGCGUGCGUCAGGUUCAAUUCAUUUUUAUGGCAACCCUGACAGAGUAAUAAGACAGUUACCGUGUUGUACGUGUCCUUCAAACGUCACCCACUUCAACACAUAAACCAACGUUUCUCUCUUCCCAGUUCCCAGCAGAUUUAUUAUUUAUUCAUCAUACUAAACCCACCGCACCCACAAUACUACCAUUGCAAUUGUUUGUUACAUUCUCUGGGUCAGUUUGGUAAUACUAAUUUAUAUGGGGAAUUGCCAAGCUGCGGAAGCGGCUACGGUUGUGAUUCAGCAUCCUGGGAACAAGAUCGAGAGGGUUUAUUGGUCGCUAAGCGCACACGAGGUUAUGAACUCGAAUCCUGGUCACUAUGUUGCGCUUGUCGUGUCCUCGCCCACGCUUAUGGCCGAGAAUGGCACGCCGAUGAAGCAGCUUAAGCUUCUCCGACCAGACGAUACUUUGCAUAUUGGCCAGGUUUAUCGCUUGAUCAGCUUCGAAGAUGUGUUGAAGGAGUUUGCUUCCAAGAAAUGUGGUAAACUUGGGAAAUUGCUCAAGGAGACGGGUAGUCAUGGGAUUCAGAUGAAGCACAAGGACUCUAGAGCUCUAAAUCCUAGCCGGAAUUCCAAAUCUGAAUUCGGUUCCAUUAAGGUCGAACAGGAGAUUCAACGAAUGGGGAACAAUGGCAGGAGCAACAACAACAAUAAAAAAGGUGUUGGAAGGCCCUUCGUUGGUAGUGGUGGUCAAUGGAGGCCAGCCUUGCAGAGCAUUGCAGAAAUUGGAACUUGAACGCACUAUUAUUAUUAUUAUAGCCCCCACUCCCAUGAAUAAACCAUGCAGAGCAACAACCCACCCUUCCUUUCAUUUCACUCUUUCCAAUGCAAUAUUCACAUUACCGUCUCCUUAACUUAUUAGUGCUCUAUACGUAGGGUUUGCGUUUGUUAAACGUAUCUCUCUCUGUGAAAGGACAUGUACACUUCUUGAUCAUCAUGACCGUACAAUUAGACAUAUUAGCCAACCUCUUGUAGAAUAUCAUGGUGGUUUGUUUAAUUUGUUAAAACAUAAUUAAACUGUUUUCUAAGCUGCCUAGAUUGAUAUGGUAUUAUAUGUUAGUGUA